UAUAUUCAAUUUCUGACAAUGUGUAGAUUAUUAUUGUCACAAUGGCAGGGUGGUGGAAGGACCCAAAUGCAGAGCGUGGCUUGGAUCAACAGUAUUUAAUAGGCUCGUGGUCAGGCAGGCAAUGGUCAUACACAAAGUACUCAAAAACAAGGUCCGGCAAGGCGUAGGCAAGAGGAUGAUCAAAAAGGCAGGCAAUGGUCAAAAACACAAGAGUGUAAAAUCAGAGGCUAGACUGGAGACAAGACGAGAUUACCUAGCUGGAUCAUGCACUGGACUGGAUAUAUGGCAAUGCGGGACUGAGUCAUGAGAACGACCGCAACCUGACAGGUAACUAUGACAAGAGGUGGUGCUUAAAUACAGGUGUGUUGAUUACUGAAUGAGACACAGGUGAGGUUAACUAGAAACGGAAGUAAGACUGAAACUGAUAUCAUGGGCACUGAACAGGAAGUGGUUGCAAAAUAAAACCGGUAACUGAAUGACGUGAGCUGUGACAAUGAUGUUUUACACAUUCAGAUUUGAAGAACUUUUUUUUUUACGUAAAUCCAGGGCACGCCUGCAGUGACAAUUCCAACAAAGUCCAAAGUUAUGAGGGAGGUUCUGUGUCCAUCACUUGUUCAUUUUUCAAUAUUUAGUUUAACUAAAAUAAUAUUUGUGGGUAUUUCUGUGUUUGUCUAUACUCUUCCACUAGGUAUCUAGGCAUCAGUAGCCUCAGGGCUGAAUUGCAGAUAUUGUAACAUUAUUUUGUCUGAAUUGCUAUUGUUUUUUUUUGACUUUGACGUUUUGACUUUUAGCAUAUUUAGUUUUUUAAAUAUUUUUAUUGGUGGUUUUAACCCAGAAAUCUCACUAAAUGAAUACUACUGUCCUUCUAAAACUGUUUGAUAGACACCUGCUGUGACAAUUCCACCAAAAUCCAAAGCUAUGAGGGAAGUUCUGUGUCCAUCACUUGUUCAUAUGAGUCUCGGUACCAGAACAACCUGAAGUACAUGUGCAGAGGAAACCGUCCGUCCACAUGUCUGCAGCAGGCAGUAGUCUCCUCCACCAAGAAACAAGACACACGCUUCACACUGACUGAUGACAAGCUGUCAACAUUCACAGUGAACAUCACCAGUCUGACCCAACAGGAUUCUGGGUCGUAUCUUUGUGGAGUCCACACAAACAAAAGCCUUGAUGUUUUCUCUGCUGUUCAUCUGGAGGUCAAAGAAAACACCUGCUGUGACAAUUCCACCAGAUUCCAAAGUUAUGAGGGAGGUUCUGUGUCCUUCACUUGUUCAUAUGAGUCUCGGUACCAGAACAACCUCAAGUACAUGUGCAGAGGAAACCAUCCGUCCACAUGUCUGCAGCAGGCAGUAGUCUCCUCCACCAAGAAACAAGACACACGCUUCACACUGACUGAUGACAAGCUGUCAACAUUCACAGUGAACAUCACCAGUCUGACCCAACAGGAUUCUGGGUCGUAUCUUUGUGGAGUCCACACAAACACAGGCCUUGAUGUUUUCUCUGCUGUUGAUCUGGAGAUCAAAGAGUGGUGCUGUGUGAAGUCAAACAAACUAAGAGGCUCUGUGGGACAUCCAUUAACUAUGCAGUGUCCCUAUCCACCACAACAUGGGACAAACAGGAAGUUCCUUUGUAAGGGAGACCUUCACAGGAACUGCACAGACAUGAUGACUGACACCAGGUUCACUCUGCUGGAUAAUGUUUCUACCAGCUCUUUCUUGGUGAUGGUCUCAGAGCUGGAAGCAGGUGAUUCUGGGACGUACUGGUGUGGCUCAGACUCACAGUGGAGCUUUGGAAACUACACCAACAUCCAACUGUCAGUAGGUGUUGCUGCCUUUAACGCUGUGGUUUUCAUUGUACCUGCUGUGCUGGUGUUUGUUCUGAUAUUUGUGAUGGUCAUAGUGUAUAAAUACAAAUGUCACAAAGGAAAAGCAACUGAAGACGUGGAAACAACACAACAACAACACAAGGCUGGAGAUUAAGUAAUCAGUGAAUCUGUUAUUUAUGAAAAUCAAGACGUGGUUGUGUCCUCAAAGCAAAAGAAGUCCAAACAGCAGAACAGCUGCUCCCGUUAUGAUGCAGAUACAGCCCAACAGGACUUGAUGUAUAGAAACUUCAACACAACUGAAGACAUCUACUGUAAUGAAGUUUACUGUAAUGACAAUAAGAAAUCAGCACUUUGCACGUCUAAACAUUACUUUAUGCGUUCCAGUUUGUAAUAUCUAUGUUAUUAUCUAUGACAUACAGUAUAGUCCAUUCUGUAUACAGUAUACAGUAUAGCUGGUUUUAUUUGACUUCUUUGCAUGUUGUUACAGUAUUUGUCGAAAUCAGUUUAGAAUCAGCAUGUAGACAUAAAUGUAUUAUUAAUGUUUUUUUUUAAUCUUUUUUUAAGUUUAUUCAUUUAAUCUUUUUUUUAAGAUUUAAGUACUUCAGUUAUUUACAUAUACAAAUACAGAUAUGUAAAUUGUAAAAUUGUUGACUUUCAAAUCUGUAAAAGCUUGAAAUAAAGUAAAUAAUAA